GGGUGUUCUCUCUGUGCAUCCCAAGUUACCGGUGUAUUUCGCGCGUUUCCAUCUUCUUAGGUACUUUCGUCGUGUUGGUGUUUCCUUAACUCUUUAGUGUUUUAAAUACUUUGUGUCCUUCUCUGUGUAUAUAUCAAAUUCCCAUUAAACAAUUAUAAACUUUGGUCCUGUGUGACAUAUUCUUGUGACUAUCUUCUCUCAAAUAAGUGUAGUUGUUAGGAAUAGAUAAUUAGUAGCGUGUACAAUGUGCUUCUUAGUAGUUUUAAAUUAAGUGUAAGUUUUAAAAACUUUAGUGAUCAGAACACUUGGUAGGUUUUAAGAGUUUGUGCGCGUAGUGCGAUAUGGACGCAAACUUCUCGCUCACGACUAGUGUAAGUGCAUAGACAAUCAGUAUGUCGCAUCCGAUGAAGCGCUCGUUCAGUUCCGAGGGCGGGGCGACAUCCAGGAGGGAUUGGAAGAUGCGGCUCAGCCUCCGCAGCCGCAGCGGACGUAGUGCUGACCCGCCGCGUGGUCGGCGCUGUGCGUCGCUACGAUCCGCGGCGACCGAAGGCCGCGACGAUUCUGGCCGCAGCACCCCCUCCGCAGCCGCCCGGGCCUCCCCCUCGCCCGCAGAUACGCCGGCACCGAAGAAGUCCAACUGGGAAGUCAUCGAGCACUUCUCAUCCAGUCGCAGCAAGAAGAGCCCGACUGCCGUGGAAUCUGAUGGUGCCGGGCCAUCGUCUUCACCGGCGCUGCCGCUAUGUCCGGCCGGCCGGCCCGACGCAGAAGUCGAACCUCUGCUAAAUGAAGAAGUGGGCACCGAGGGUGCCGGGGCGGACGGCGCCGACUCUGAGGACUCGGACACCGACGACGGCAUCUGGAGCCGCUGGGUACAGUACCUCCCCCCGCCCCUACGCACUGUUUGCUCCUCUCACCGAUUUGACAACCUCCAUGUGGAGAUGCUGUAUCAGCGCUACUUCUUGCGCAUGAACCAGACCAACAUAACACACCUGCUGGGACUGCUCCUCACGGUCACCAUGGCACUGAUGGUGGUGCAAAUACAGUCCCUACUCACCGCUGAGAGCUACUUCAGAGACAUCUUGACACCACCAAACUCUACUACGAUAUAUACAAAUGAACAACACAAGCCAGAUCCUCAGAGGGACGUAUACCUUACCCUUGACGACUUGUACUACGCACGAGACCGCAUCGCCCACAUUAUCUGCGUCAUCGUGCUGGCGAUUGCCUCCCUCAUCUAUGGCUGCCUCAUCGCUUGCCUUAGCCGGCCGGCGAUGAACGAAAUAUAUCUGCUCACCAUAUCCUACGUCGUCUUGGGCACAUUUUUCCUUAUUGAACUGGCACUUACUGGGACCCUGGUUUAUAGAUCGUUGAGUGUGAGCUGUGGCGUUUGCGUUCUGUUCAUCUACGUGACGUAUGCCACGCUGCCGGUGCGCCUGCACGAGGCCGCCAUCGCAGGUUUCUGCCUCGCAGCCAUCAACAUCAUCGCACAGCUCAUACUCUUCGAAGCUACGAAAACUCAGAUCUUUUGCAACGUGCUCGCUUUGGUGAUCAGCAACAUUGCGGGAAUCAUGACUCACUACCCGCGGGAGCUUGCCCAGCGAAGGGCGUUCCUGGAGACCCGCGACUGCGUCGAGGCCCGCCUCGUCACACAGCGCGAAAACCAACAACAGGAACGUCUUUUGCUGUCUGUACUACCGCGACAUGUUGCAAUGGAGAUGAAAGCGGACAUCGCUAACCAACCAAGGCAGGAACAAUUCCACAAGAUCUACAUACAACGCUACGAGAAUGUCAGCAUCCUGUUCGCUGACAUCUGCGGCUUCACCUCGCUAUCGGACCAGUGCACCGCCGAGGAGUUGGUGCGACUGCUUAAUGAGCUCUUCGCCCGUUUUGACCGGUUGGCUGCUGAACACCACUGCCUACGCAUCAAACUCCUCGGCGACUGCUACUACUGCGUUUCGGGAUUGCCGGAGGCGCGCGACGACCACGCCAAGUGCUGCGUCGAAAUGGGCCUCGACAUGAUUGAUGCCAUUGCUCUGGUCCGCGAAGUAACCGGUGUGAACGUAAACAUGCGCGUGGGGAUCCACACUGGGCGAGUGCACUGCGUCGUGCUGGGUCUCCGCAAAUGGCAGUUCGACGUCUGGUCCAAUGACGUCACCCUCGCCAACUACAUGGAGAGUGGCGGCCUCGCUGGACGAGUGCACAUCACUCGCGAGACCCUGCAGUGCCUCGGUGAUGACUACCGAGUGGAGCCAGGCAACGGCGACCAGAGGAACGCCUACCUUAAGGACCACAACAUCGAGACCUUCCUCAUCGUACCUGACGAUACCAGCCGAGUUGACACGAAACCAGCGCAGCCGUCGGCCGCCAACGGCAAUGUGUCGAAGGAAAUGCGCGUCAUGGGACACGGAUCGCAACAUGGGAAGCAUUCAUCUAAGGUUGAUACAAACAAUGAAAAUAAGAAACCCGAGGACGAAGUGAACGAGUACCUGAUGAAAGCGAUCGACGCGCGAUCCAUCGACCGUCUGCGCGCCGAGCACUGCCAGCCGUUCACUCUCAUCUUCCGGGACGGGAACUUAGAAUGCAAGUACACCAAUGAACCCGACCGAAUGCUGAAGGUAUAUUUCAUAUGUACCGUCGUUGUCUACAUCGCAAUUGUCAUCAUUCAACUAUUUAUCUUCGGCAUCACUCCUAUCGUUAUUACGACUAUCGCAACCGGCUGCAUCAUCGUUCUCUGCUGCACCUACGUCAUCCUUUGCAUUGAUUUUAAAUGUACCAGUCCCCGCACGAAGGAAGCCUCGCGCCGCAUCCACAGCAACCGGACCUUAGCCCAACUGAUAUCCUUCCUGAUUGUCAGCACCGUUGUCAUGCAGAUUCAAGUUAUCAUGGCGAUGGACGCGAGCAUUCGCUACAACGUUCAGGUGUACACGCCGCGGGAAGAUUAUUGCACCCAUGACCUUAAUGAGUACUACCUACAGUUGACUCUGAUAGCGAUGUUCGUGUGCGCUGUGCACCAGAUCCUGAUAACCAUGGUGAAGACCAUCCUCUUGGCAGUCACCUGCUUCACCUACGUCGCCAUCACCGCGCACCAGCAUCUCUACUUCGAAGGCAACUACCUCGACUACCAAAACAAAUGCAACGUCGACUGGAACCAGCAAUGGAUAAACAUCGUAACAGCUAUCGGUGCAACGAUUGCUCUUUUACUCCACUCCCAGCAAACAGAAAGCACCUACCGCCUCGAUUUCAUCUGGAAACUACAGGCUAAUGAGGAAAAGGAAGAUAUGGAACACCUAGAGGCAUACAAUCGCAAAUUGUUGGCUAACAUCUUGCCCGAGCAUGUCGCCCAGCACUUCCUCUGCAGCGACAAGAACAUCGAUGAACUGUACCACGAGCAGUGCGAGUCAGUGUGCGUUAUGUUCGCUUCGAUCCCGAACUUUUCUGAAUUCUACGUGGAGCUCGAGGGCAACAACGAGGGUGUGGAAUGUCUCCGUCUUCUUAACGAGAUCAUCGCGGACUUUGACGAGAUCCUGGCCGAGGAACGCUUCAGAUACAUCGAGAAGAUCAAAAGUACCGGCGCUACUUACAUGGCCGCCUCAGGUCUGACGGCAGCCACCCGCGACCUGAUCGGCUACCGACACGUGACUGCGAUGGCUGACUACGCGCUGCGUCUCCGCGACCAGCUGCAAUACGUCAACGAACAUUCCUUCAACAGCUUCCGCAUCCGGAUAGGCAUCAACAUCGGGGCCGUAGUUGCUGGGGUGAUCGGAGCGCGCAAACCGCAGUACGACAUCUGGGGCAAUGCCGUCAACGUCGCCUCUCGUAUGGACUCCACCGGGCUACCAGAUCACAUCCAGGUAACGCAAGAGGUUUAUGACAUACUGUCUACCCGCGGCUACCGCCUGCGCUGCCGCGGUAACGUCGACGUCAAGGGCAAGGGCAACAUGGUCACUUUCUUCCUAGAGGGGAUCGGUGACACGAUUGCACCAACCAUCUCUGAUCUCUACUCGAACCCAAUUCCAUCGACUUCUUCUGACCGCAACGGCGGGAGUGGUGCCGGCGCCGUGGUUGCGCGUUGCGAGCCGCGCCGCGCCGAGUUGGACACUCUCUCCGAAGGCUGCACUGACGAGGACGGCGGGCCCUCUCCUCGUGCGUCCAUCCCGCGAGACAACGCAGGCGGGUCAUCGAGCUUGCAGCUGUCUUACAAUGGUUCGUCGUCCCGGGAGAGCCUGGCGAGCGCAGUGCGCGCGCGCGUGCAGCAGCGGCUGCAGCGGCCGCUCUCCCUCAUCGACGAGCCCACCUUGCCCGCACUUCUCUCCAUCAUCAAGUCAAAGGCAUACUCCUUGGAAUUUGACAGCGCCUUCUUCCAAGACGAAACGAGACGCACAAAUUCACCACUGGCCCAAAUCCAGAAGCGAGUUUCGGGAUCUGAAAACAUUGACAGAGUCGAGAUAAUAGUCAAUAGGCAAGGACCGCGCCGCGUGGUCAGCAUGGCCGAUGUUGUCUUUAACAGGCAACGUCCCACAACGAGCAGCGCUCCCAUCAACAUCAUCGAGAAUCCCAUGAACGCAAUAUAAAUUUAUUGAUUUAUGUUUUCCUUCAUGUAAUCUGUUAUGACAAAAUGGAAUAAUUUUAUCUACAACAUCUUGCACUGAAGGAAAAUAUUAUUGUAAAUAAUCUAAUGUAAAAAAUAGUGUAUACAUCAUUGACUGACUUCUCACCUAACAUCAGGUAGGAUCGCGGUCAAGCGCUGUUUUAUUAAUCGUAAAAAAAAACUCAUAUAAAUAAAACAGUGCUUGACUGUUUGUUCAUUUGUUUCAUCAAAAUUUAAAUCGAAAAUAUCACGGCUUUAACUUAAUGAAUUUAUUUAUGCAAUUCAAAAUCGGCUUUCAAAUUAGCCGGACUUGACGUUUUAUAAAGACUGAAUUUAUACAAUGAAAUUAAAACUAACUACGUUUCCUCGAAACAUGACUUACUCUUAUCGAAUUUAUGACACGUAACUUGUAUAUAAAAGUGGACAUUGGCUGAAAGAUUUGUUGUUUAUUGUAAAGUGAUUGUGAUUGCUAAUAUGAGGGUAAUAAAGAUAAUCAAGGAUUUUUGGUGAACUGUGUGUGGCAAUUUCGGCUGCUAUUUGUAAAUAAGUUUAUUUUAAGAAGGUAAGUCUAUUUGUCGAUAUCUCUAGGUAAACUGUCAGACCAUAAGUAUCUGUAUAUAUGUAUUCACUUAUAGUAUAUGACAUCAGUAAUGGUUUCAAGUUUUUUCGUAAAAAAAUAAUUAAAAACUAACAAAAAAAAAAUUUCGGUUGAUUUUGUUAUAAACUUGAAACCAUCUUUAUCAGUAUUAACGCCUCCAUCUGCAAUAGAAGCUGUUUUCAUAAUAAUUCCCACGUUUUCUUCUCUUUACAUAGUAUUUUUUUUGUACAUAUGUAUAUAUAUAGUAAUGGCUCUGUUUACAUUCACCCCCGACUGAACCUAGACUUACGUUUUAUUACGUUUAGUGAUAUUAUUAAACAGUUUUAUUGAUCUAUCUGAUAUUUUAAA